AUGCACCACAGCAAAUCUGCCAGCUGCUUUCACACACCGGCACUUGGAAAAGAAGAGUCACAGUCGACAAAGGUCUUGACAUUAAAAGUUAUGGACACCAGAGUUGUCAUCAAAGCAACCAGCUUCAUUAUCUUGACAAUCAUCAGUGUUCCUGCCAAUCUUGUUGUUUGCUGUGCUUUCCUGCACAGCUACUUGAUCGAGGCCAAGCUCCUAACAGCUGACAUCAUUCUUUGUCACCUGGCUUUUGCCAACCUCAUGGUAGCCUUUACUCGUAGUAUCCCACAGACAAUGGCUGCCUUGGGCUACCUGAACCUCUUUGAUGAUGUUGGCUGCAAAGUUACUAUUCUUUGCUUCCGUGCUUUCCGAGGCCUCUCCAUUAGCCUCACUUGCCUGCUUUGUGUCUACCAGGCUGUAGCCAUCUCACCUGCCACCUCUUUACUUGCUUCACUGAAGAUGAGAAUCCCUCAGUAUCUGCUGUAUAUCAUCCUGUUCCUCUACCUUCUCUACUACUUCUCCAGUAUCACGUCUGUCCUUAAUGCUGUUUCUAGCCUCUUUAACAACACAAUUCCUCCAUACACAUUAAAUUUAGAAUAUUGCUUUGUCUUAUAUAAGGAUUACUCUUCAUAUAUCUCCAUGGGGUUUGGGAUUAUGUCCAGAGACCUUGUGUUUAUAGUGCUAAUGACCAUCAUGAGUGGCUACAUCCUAAUACUUCUGUACCAGCAUGGUCAAAAAGUUAAGAAUAUAAGGAGCUCUGACAACAGCCAAAAGGGAGGGAGAGCAGAGACCAAGGCUUCCAGGGCAGUGGUCAUCUUGGUCAUUUUGUAUGUUGUCUUCUUUGGCAUCGAUAACAUCAUCUGGCUGUACUCCCUUACCAUCUUGAGAGUGGCACCUCUAAUUUCCGACAUCCGGGUCUUCUUUGCAACCCUUUAUACCUCAGCGUGUCCCAUUGUGGUCAUCACCACUAAUCCAAAAGUCCAAAGAAAAUUAAAACUAAUGAAGAUGAAGGGAGAAGUCCAGCCCACAGACAGCAGUACAAGUACAGUGUGA